ACGCACGAAAGGACGAGACGGACGGCGGCGAGACCCAGCGCUUUGCGUCGCCGCGAUGAGCAGCUCGACGAUGGCGCCCGCCAGUACUCAGGGAAACGGCCAAGGGUCGUGCCGAUGCAUUCAUUCCGAACGAAGAAAAGUCGGCCAGUGGAAUGACGAUGUCGUGCUCGGGCAACAGGUCAGCCCUGCGCGUGCGCGACCGCGUGCGUGCGUGUGCGUGCGCGCGCGCCCGCCCGCGUUCCCGUCCGGUUCGUCGGCCUCUGAACAAGUUGACUUUUUCAAAGCGACAACUACUUUGAGCACGCGGAACGUCAGCGAUGACGCGUCCGUCCUCAUCGGCAGGAGGUCGGGUCGGCGUGGAAACGUCUGCGACACGGCACGCCCGGCCCCCCGCCCUCCCCUCCGCCAGGCCCCGCCCCUCGAGGCCGGCCGGCCGUCUCCCGUUGAUCCGCGCUCGCCGCAUUCCCGCGACAUCUGGAAACGCGCGUGCAGCACUCCUCAGCUUGACACGCAACGACGAGAAGAACAUCAUCAUCAUCAUCAUCAUCAUCAUCAUCAUCAUCUUCUUGGAUCCGCUCCCCGACUUUCCUCCUCGGAACAUUUUUGUUUCUAAUUGUGCCAAACGAGCGCGGAACGCAAGUUUCCCACGCAGAGCUCGGCUCCCUCGCAGGCGCUCUCGUCGGCCGAAGCGCCUCGUCCGUCGUUGGCGCGAUCUCCCGCGGUGACGAUGUCGCGCGGCUUCUUCCUGGCUUUCUUCCUGUUCUGCUCGCCCGCCGCCAACUGGGCCGGACCCGUGGACGGGCCGCCCGCCGUGGACCGCCCGGGUGCCAGAAUGAGACGCUCGGUGACGCACGCCCAGCUGAUGCACGACAAAGGCCGCACGCUGCAGGACUUCAAGCGCCGCGUGUGGCUGCAGGAACUCCUGGACGAGGUCCACACGGCCGAGAUCCGACAGCUCCCGCUCGGGACCCCCCCGGCGCCCGCGGGUGACGGCUUCCCCCCGCUCUCCAAACGACCGCCGUUAGGCAAGAACUUUGCGCCCGAGCGGGAGGCCGCCGAGCCGCCGCAGGAAACCGACAAGACGCUCGGCGUCGGAAAGCGCCGCAAGAAAGGCCGCUCGGGAAAGAGGAAGGACGGCGGCGAGAGGAAGAGGAGGCCCCGCUCCGCGCCGGGGCGCUGAACGCGGGAGCCUGCGGAGAGCAAAGUAAACUCCUGAACAGUCGUCUUCCUGUUUGGAAAGAAAAGAAAAGAUCGAUAUUUAUUGUGUAAAUAGAAACCAGUAGAGUAGAACAUGACAUGAAAAAGACGUUUUUUUUUUCAUUCCAACAUGUGUUGUAAUUUAUUUGGGUUGAAUGUUGUAUUUAUUGUAUUCGUUUUUUCUACCAUCAAGCACUUUACACCAACGAACAAGUACCCUUGUUUUUUGUCUUUUUGUUUUGUUUUUGUGUCCUGAACUCAAAGUCCACCUCCUGUCAAUGACGCCCUCUGGUGGUGGUUGUUGGCUAUUGCACUGACAUUAAACAUUU